AAUGGUGGCUGCUUGUCGUACCCAUUGCUGACAACAUAUUUUGUGAAAAUCAGCCGAAAACCUUCAAAAUUUGUUAAAAAACUUAUCUAAAUUUAUGAAGCAUAAAAAAUAAUUAAGGUAAACCUGAUCUCAGUUCUUCAAUACAUUAAUAUUAUAAAAUAAUGCUUAUUUAUUACUGUGUAUAUGUGAAUAUUCACCGCCAUAAUUAUAUUUUUCAUUGAUAAAACUGAUAAACAAUUCGUUGUUGAAAAGUGAUUUUUAUUUUGCGUAUGGUGGUACACAGUUUCGAAAAGUGUCAAAUUGAUAACAUUGUAAACAAAAGUGUUAAAAGGUCUGAAUUAUUAUGAACUAUUGUAAUAAUUAAAGCCAUUAUAUAAUUUAAAACAUAUCCAAAAAUGGAUGAAUUAAUACCUUUCCUAUGUUAUGAUUGUAAUGAGCAGCUGUUGUUUUUUAUGCAACAGUCAAAGCAGUAUAUCUUUACGGAAUGCUACCAAUCUGUUUGGGGAACAUAACACAUUGAAAUCAGGAAAGAAAUUACACGAAGUAGUCAGUGAAAUCUUAGAGAAAGAUCUAAAAGAAAAUGCUGUGCAUUCACAAAUCGUUUGCAAGAAGUGCUACAAAAGUUGCUCGGAGUAUGAUUUCACUCAAGUCAGCUUACAGUCAAUGAAAGCAGAUUUAAUAAAUCAAUUCAAAACCUCGAUUCAAAGUCACAACAUUAACUAUGCUACGUACGAAACAGAUGUCAGUAAAACUAAAAGUAAUACGCCAGUUGCGGCAACACCGAAGAUCGGAAGGAUAGUGUUGCCAGCAUCAAAAUUAAGGCCGUUAACAUCGGUUGAGCUUUUAAAAGUUGGGAAUAGAUCACAUUUAUUGACUGAUAAGUUUAAAGCAGGCUUACCAAAAGUAACGAUCAAUUCACUACCAUCACCGGCAGUCAGGCAGCCGGAAGCUCCCGAAAAGCCCGACGUGCUGGCAACACUCACGAAGUUUCUGCAGAAACCGGAAACGACGGACGAGGACGAUCUAAAAAAAUAUUUGAUCACUAAAGACGGCACCAAAGAGAUAUUCAGCAAGAGUGAGACCAGCGCUGAACUUGCUGAUGCCCAUGUCGAUGAGACCAAUGACGCUGACGAGGACGCCAUGGAGAUCGACGAGGAUUUUGCUGUGUCCGUGGUACCAUCGUCUAAUGGAAAACUAGUGUUUGAAGUGCAAGGUUUCAAGAACAUACCGAGCCAGCCAGCGGAGCAGGAAUACUUGAACGUGGACAUACUGCAAUCUCUGGACCCCAGCAAUGAGGAGUGCGACAGGAACAACAUCAUCGUAGGCAAGGUCGAGAUACUGGACAGUGGGAACGAAGAGGAGGAAGCUCAAACAAUCGUAUUGAACGGAGACAACUCGUCCAUACUGAGGAUGAUGAGCGGCCAGAAGUUCAUGUACGAUGGCAACGAGAUAUCCCUGAUGCUGCCCGAGGGCGACGCCCGCGACGAACGCGACGGGCAAGAUUCCAACGAGGAGUCGCAGAUAGAGCUACAGGUCUCCGGAGACGAGGAGACCGCCAACGCCAUCAUAGCGGCCGCGAGGGAGCAAGGCGGCGCGUUCAUCAAGGUGGAGAGCGGGGAGAUGUACCGCGUGCAGUCGGUGCGCGGCGCCGCGGACGGGCUCGCCGACACCAUCGCGCACCGGGACGGACUCUUCGUCUGUCUGCUGUGCCGGAACAGCGACAAGCCAGAAAAUGAAAAAAUGGAGAGCACGAGCGACCCCAACGCGGCCAUGAGCCACAUGCGGCGCGCGCACGACGCCCGCGUCUACAUCUGCAGCCUCUGCGCCGCCAUGUUCCGCAGGAGGACCGACUACACCACGCACUUCGCCGAGCACUCCCUGAAGCCGCGGGCGCGUGCGGCGGGCGGGUCGCACCGCUGCGCGCGCUGCGGGAAGACCUUCGCCUCCAAGUACACGCUGCAGGCGCACCUCAAGAUCCACUCCGACCGCCCCCGCCCCUUCAGCUGCAGCCAGUGCGAGAAGUCCUUCUUCACGCAGCAGAACCUCAACCAACACGAGAAGACCCACUCCAGUGUCAAGGACUUCGUGUGCGGAGUCUGUAACAAGUCGUUCGGCACGCAGCACAACCUGGAGGUACACGGCAUCGUCCACUCCCGCGAGAAGCCGUACGUGUGCGGCGUGUGCGAGAAGGCGUUCGCGAGGAGGGCCGAAGUGAGGGACCACAUGAGGACGCACACAGGCGAGCGUCCGUUCUCGUGCGACACGUGCGGCGCGGCGUUCUCGCAGCGCUCCAACCUGGACUCGCACCGCCGCGCCACGCACCUCAACGAGCGCCGCCACCACUGCGCGCACUGCCCCAAGCGGUUCAAGCGGAGGAGGUUGCUGGAGUACCACAUCAAGGCUUCGCACACCGGCGAGCGCCCGCUGAAGUGCGACACGUGCGGCGCUUCCUUCGUGUACCCCGAGCAUUAUAAAAAGCACGUGCGCAUCCACACCGGCGAACGGCCCUACGUAUGUGAGAUCUGCGGCAAGACGUUCACGACGCGCGACAACCGCAACACGCACCGCUUCACGCACAGCGACAAGAAGCCCUACGAGUGCCUGUCCUGCGGCGCCGGCUUCAUGAGGAAGCAGCUGCUCUACGCGCACAUGAGCGCCAGUGGUCACCUGGCCGAGUCCAUAGUCGUGAACCAGCCGAGGGUCACGAAGGUGCACACUAGCAACGUGGCGACGCAGAUACUGGACGUACAGACAUUCGAAACCAAAAAGUAUGAAACUCUUUUCGAAAACGAGGAGUUAAGUCUGGACGCGAGCGGGAAGCAGCCAGAGACGGCGCCAGCCGCCGAGCUGCUAGACGCGCAGGAUAUGCAGCAGACGCAGAUCGUGGCCAACGAUGAGAACGGUGACGUGGUGCGGCUCAUCCAAGUGCAACUGCCCGGGGGCGCCGGCGGCUGGGUGGCCGUCAAUGACUAGCGGGGGCUCACAGGGGCUCACGGGAGCUCACAGGGGCAGUAGGGAGGGGAAUAUUAAAAUUUGUCAAAUUGAAUCAUGAACAAUUCUAUUGUGAUUAAAGAUAGAUUGGCUUAAACCUGCAUUUGUCGACCACUAAACUUAAACUACGUGUGACGUCAUUUGUGGCCAAAAACCAGCUAAAACGCGAAUCGAUUAAAUAUUUAAAUAAAAAAAACUGAACUUACUUUAUUUACUCGUCGUAAAAUAUACGUCGCGAACGGACGUUUUAAUUAGCAGCUUAGAUCAUUUUAAUGUCUGUGUCCGGGCAAGUAUAAGCUUUUUGUUGUUGAUUAAGGACAGCUGAGAUUGAACCUUAAUGCAUAUACAAAUGCGUCCCUGUUUGCUUUGCAAACCUGUGUAACUACAGUAGAACACUGGAAAUAAGGAACCCCGUAUUGAACUGUAAUAAUUUUACCUUUUAAAACUUUGAGUUUUUACUUAAAAUACCAACUGCUGUGUAAUUAAUACAAAUGUAGAAGUCACUAUAGGUCGGGUAAGCCGCGAGUCAAUCGUCAGAGAUAUUAGUGAUAUUGAGUAAUUGUAACUGUAAAUAAAUCAAAUUUGAAAUGUAA